AUGUCCCUGCCUGAGGGAAUUAAACAUACCAUCAAGCACUAUGGGACUUCUUAUGAUCUGUGGGAAGCUUUACGAAAACGCUAUCAGAAUUCAUCAAGACAGAGUGUAGGAGAUCGUGCAUUUGAUGAAGAAGUAGUUGCUGUGAAAGAAGAGAAGAAGAAAGCUCUUGAACAGAAGGUUGAGAAGAAGGCUGCAGAGGUUUCAAAGUGCAUGGAUGGUGUGAAUGAACGUACAACAGAGGUGAAGGUAACACCAGAACCUAAAACAAGCUUCAGCAUGCUUGAAUCAGAUGAGGUAAGCAGUCAUUCCAAUAUGAGGAGUGACGACACAAGGAUGAAUGUAACGGCUGCAGAAUUACAGACAAUGAUAGAUAAAGCUGUCACUCAAGCCAUUGACAGGUCCAUGGUGGACUUAUCCUUCUCUCUCACUUUAGAUGCAAUCAGGAAUAAGUCUGUUAAGACCUCUGGCGAGGGAAAAAGGAAAGGAAAAGAGGAAAUCUCUCAUCAAUCUAACAAGAAGAAGAAGGGAAGUUCUGAACACAGGAAAGAUUCCGAGUUUAGGAAGAACUCAAGUCAGUCUAAUAACAGACCCAAAUGUAGUAACUGCAGAAAGCAACAUUCUGGAAAAUGUACAAUUGACCCACGUGCUAAACUGUGUGGAAUUUGCAAGACUAAGGGUCACAAGACCUUAGAUUGCAAGGAGUUGAAGAACGCAACUUUUUACAACUGUAACGAGGAAGGGCACAUCAAAACCAACUGCCCAAAACUUAUAAAGAACCCUAGAGAGACCAAGAAAAUGUGA